UCUGGCAACGAAAUGCAGAAGCGUGGCUCAGUUGUUCACGGGAAAGCGAAACAGUGUUUUCGAGUUUCGUGUGCUGGGUUCAAGUUGGGGGGGAACUGAAUUGUAAUUCUCGGAAGUCUGGGCAACGGAGAACGUUGCUCUUAAGAUUUUCCGAGGACUGCUUGCGAGCAGUCGUACCAAGAAUGCUGCCACCUUCUGUUAUCGUUGCAUAACAAGCUGGGUAGGCGAUGCAGUCUUCUAAGCGUGAAAAUUGUACGAUGACGCCGGCCACCUACGGUCUACGAUUUCUCAUAGUCGUCUUUAUGAUCGCUGCUGCGGCGACUUUUUUGCAUGUUAACAAUUACAGACCCAAGCAAAUAUUCCUGUCUUGCGAUCGACCAUGUCAUCAUUUGGACUGGCCCAUGAUUUGCCGUGUGAAACUCACCCUGGAGGUCUUCCAAUCUCUUAGCAAAUCUUGUGGCGAUUGUCUGAAGAACGAGACGGCGUGUCUGGCCAAUCAUUGCGUGUCCGCCGAUGGACAGAAACGCGGCAUACUGACGGCCAAUAGGCAAUUACCUGGCCCUAUUAUUCAGGUUUGUGAAAACGACAUCUUGGUAGUGGAUGUCAUUAAUCGACUUCCGGGUAAAGCAGCCGCGGUACAUUGGCGUGGACAAACUCAGAUUGAAUCGCCGUAUAUGGACGGCGCGCCAUUGGUCACUCAAUGUCCUAUACCGAGUUACACCACUUUUCAGUACAAGUUCCGUGCUUCUGCGCCUGGAACUCACCUUUGGCAUGCUCAUGCUGGUGCUGACGUGGCCAAUGGGAUCUUUGGAGCAUUAAUCGUAAAGCAAGCAGACAUCAAGGACGCCCAUCGUCGUCUGUAUGACAUCGACGAUGUGAACCACAUGGUCUUGGUGACCCACUGGCAGCACAUACCCGAGAUCACGUUCACUGAAGGACACUCGAAGCCUGCAAUCCUCCUCAUCAACGGAAGAGGGCGACAGCCCAAUGGGCCGAAAGUUCCCUAUACAACGUUCACGGUUGUUCCUGGUCGUCGUCACAGGUUUCGAUUAGCCAAUGCUGGAGGCGCUGGGUCCUGUCCAAUAACCAUCUCCGUGGAUGCCCAUCCUCUGCUACUGAUAGCCCUGGAUGGGCAUCCGGUAGAGCCGCGACAGGUAGCGUCGAUCACUCUGGCCAGAGGUGAGAGGGCUGACUUCAUUCUGAAGGCGAACAGACCCGUGGCUUCCUAUUGGAUGAAGGUGCACACGUCGAAGGAGUGUGGGACAAGUCCUAUAAACGGAGCAGCGAUCCUUAAAUACAAGGGAAGUCAAACGGAAGAUCCGUUAUCUACGCCGGACGUCAUCGAUCAAGCGAAGGAAGAGGAGAUGUCGAAUCGUCUCGCUAUGACGACCAAUCCUGCGGAAAAAUGCGGCAAUCCCGAUAGUUUGUGCGUCACGGAAAUGAGGGCGUUGAAGAAAAUACCCAAUUCUCUUUCGGAACCAACCACUGACGUCACGAUACGUUUACCUAUUAAUUUUAAGCUCCAGGCGAACGACGUCGUAGCUAACGGCGGAGUAGGAACGAGGAUUUUAAAUGUGAACAACGCGACUUUUACGUAUCCAUCGUCGCCUCUGUUGUCUCAGGGUGCUGACGUUACUGAAGAAAGUCUGUGUUCGUCUGCCUCCGAAGACGAUCCUCAUAACGAGAACAACGAAACUGAGCCAUCGUCGUCGCGACGCUGCCGUCACAGCGUCGCUACCUCGACUGAUAUAUGCGAGUGCGUUCAUGUGAGAUAUAUACCGCUCGGAGCAACCGUUGAGAUUAUUCUUCUAGAUCAAGGUGGCAUCGAUGAUCUGGUUUACCAUCUGCACGGUUACAGCUUCUAUGUGGUGGGGGCGAGGAAAUUUGGCCGCAGCGUGUCUCUACAAGAACUGAAGAACCUUGACAACAAGGGGCAAUUGUUCACACGGAACCUUGAAUGUACUGUGGCCAAGGACACCGUCGUUGUGCCGAAAUUCGGCGCCGUUGCCAUUAGAUUUAAGGCUGACAAUCCAGGCUAUUGGAUGCUGCGAGACGAGCACGCCGCUGAUUGGACUCGCGGUUUGGACGUGAUUCUUCAAGUUGGGGAGACGACUGAUAUGGCUUCAGCACCAGAGGAAUUCCCAAGAUGUGGCUCCUUCGUUGGACCCGACUAUUUUCUUAUAUAGACUGCUAAUUACUUAAGAUUCAAGUGUAUAUAAUUGUAAAUAGAUUUAUAGAGACUGAAUGUGUCUAACCAUUGGCAAACGCAUCAUUUCAUCUUUUAUUUGUAUUUAGUAUGUCGUAAUUCUUCUUCAUCGAUCGUCCAAGGCAUCCCCAGGUCCUGUUUGAAGAAUUCAUUCAAGUAUAAUAGAAGCGGGGAAGUGUACAAGCCUUGGCAAUGCUUUGUAUGUUCAAUCAAUAAAUGCUAUCAAGAUUA